AGCACCAGUACAUCUCGUGGACACAGUAUUGAAUGAAAUUGUACAUGUGGUGCCAUUCAGCUGGUUUAGGAUCAAUAAUGGUCUCACCACACAAAAUGAUUUUCAUCGUAUUCCUCAUUAUGCCGAUUGAUGUUCAUACAAAGGAAGACAAUCUGGAUUUCAUUGGGAAAUAUGACAAACAAAGGACUAUUUGUAGAAAGAUGGGAUUUGAAGACAAAGGCUGUAAAAGAAAUGGUAUCAUCGCAUUCCAUGCACGAACAUCGAGUGCUCUGCAAAAUGUGGCAAGAUAUGCUGUUGUUGUGUUCGGUAAAGCAACGCUAAAUACCGGAGGAGGCUAUGACACCAGUACAGGAAAGUUUACAGCGCCCGAGGGUGGAACCUACUCCUUUACAUGGACCAUCGCAACUGUAGCUGGAAAAUACUUUGCCACAGAUAUUGUCAUCAACGGUAGAAUGAUUGGUUAUAACCAUGUAAACGGGGGUACUUAUAAGAAUUACGAAACAGCAUCUGCAACAGCUAUCAUAAAUAUGGAGAAGGGUGAUAAAGUCUGGAUAAGGGCUCGGGACUCUGGAAAGACUACCUACGCUUACAAGGAUCGGUGCUCCUUCUCUGGGUUUCGGUUGUAAAAUAUAAAUAAAAGGUUUCAUUACUUCUGAA